CCAUCUUGACGUCAGUGUGGCUCUUUGACAGAAGGCGGGAUUUGUCGCUCGUUGUUUUUCGGCUUCACUCGGGCGGGUCGUUGCUCAGCGCGAAGCAGCGUGGUCCACCCUGACACUCGCAGGGGAAAAGUUACUCUCAGUUCGCGGUCAGCUCACUGCCAACAUGUCUGGAGAUGACGAGACACAAGAACAGACCAUCGCCGACGACUUGGUGGUCACCAAGUACAAGAUGGGAGCCGAGAUUGCCAAUCAGGCCCUGAAGGCAGUAGUCACAGCAGCCACAGCUGGCGUCUCCGUGUUGAGCCUUUGCGAAAAGGGGGACGCUCUCAUUGUUGCAGAAACUGGAAAAAUCUUCAAGAGGGAAAAGGACAUGAAGAAAGGCAUUGCAUUUCCUACCUGUGUUUCUGUGAACAACUGCGUCUGCCAUCACUCCCCUCUGAAGAGUGACCCUGAUGUCAUUCUGAAGGAUGGAGACAUUGUCAAGAUAGAUCUGGGCGUGCACGUUGACGGCUUCAUCUCAAACGUGGCUCACAGCUUCGUGGUGGGAGCGACCAAGGACAACCCUGUCACAGGGCGGAAAGCUGACGUCAUCAAAGCAGCACACCUCUGUGCAGAGGCUGCACUCCGUCUCGUCAAGCCAGGAAACCAGAACACACAAGUCACAGAAGCCUGGAACAAGAUCGCCAAGUCUUUCAAGUGCUCCCCAAUUGAGGGGAUGCUGUCUCAUCAGCUUAAACAGCAUGUGAUCGAUGGGGAGAAGACAAUUAUCCAAAACCCAACGGACCAGCAAAAAAAAGACCACGAGAAGGCCGAAUUUGAGGUGCAUGAGGUGUAUGCAGUGGAUGUGCUCAUUAGCACUGGAGAAGGAAAGGCAAAGGAUGGAGGUCAGAGGACAACCGUUUACAAACGAGACCCCAACAAAGUUUACGGCCUGAAGAUGAAGACAUCUCGCACAUUCUUCAGUGAAAUGGAAAGGCGGUUUGAUACAAUGCCUUUCACGCUGAGAGCGUUUGAGGAUGAAGGCAAAGCCAGGCUGGGCGUGGUGGAGUGUGCCAAACACGAGCUGCUCCAGCCGUUCACGGUGCUGCAAGAGAAGGAGGGUGAGUUUGUUGCCCAGUUCAAGUUCACUGUUCUGCUCAUGGCAAAUGGACCCCUUCGAAUCACCAACAGCCUCUUUGAGCCAGAGCUUUACAAAUCUGAGCAUGAGGUCGAGGACCCGGACCUGAAGGCUUUGCUUCAGAGCUCGGCCAGCCGGAAGACUCAGAAGAAGAAGAAAAAGAAGGCCUCAAAGACUGUUGAGAAUGCAACAGGACAGACGAUGGAGACGGAAGCUGCAGAAUAGAUUCCGAUAAGCAGCGAGAGACAUGAAGACCCAAAGAACUGACGUCAUGAUUUCUUCUGUCCCGGCUGUCUGAGGCACCUGUGGACAUUUCCUCUGUGAAUACCUCUGAAUGUGACAUCAGUCUGGGAUGAUGCUGCUUUUAAAUCCUGUCACUCCAUCUAAACCUUUCACAAGUAAUCAUAAUAAAUUCUUUUUUCCUUUUUAUUUUUUUCUUGAUGCAUCAUUAAGAGUGGCUGCACUUCCACUGGGCAGUCAUAUGUCAGUUAAGGUUCUCACAUUUCAUCAUUCUACAAGCUGUUUUAUCUUCUCUGAUUCUUGUGAAAAUUAAAAAAAAAAAAAUAAGUUUGACAGAGCAGCUGAGGAUGAGAAAUGCAUACACCUCAGUGUGCAACAAUGUGACGUUUGGAUAAGUACAUUCAGUGUGCAUCACUGAAGCCAUUGCAGGGAGUAUGAACUCACCUUGUGGUCAUCCUAGUAAUUACUGAUGUAUUCAACCCAAUUAAUGCAACUGCUUAGGUCUGUGAUCCAGUAAAUUGUGUAUGUAAAAAAACAUCUGCAUUGGAGAAACCUGCCCAACUUCAAAAAUUGAUCAUUUGAGACUGUUCCUUUGAGUAAUGUAACUGAAAAGCUUCAUUACUUUUCCUCAGUGGUAAAUGCUUUGAACUUCUUUCCAAGGGGAUCAUGGUGUCCUUUGGUGUCUGACAGUCUCUGUUUACGGAAAACUUCCAUACCUGUUAGACGUAUGGAUGCUUUUGUAAAACAAAUCCCAGUUCAGAGACUAUUUUUUGAAACAUUAAAUAAACACCUGGCGUCAUUCAUG